AUGCUGCGUCGCGCCCCGACCACUAUCACCCUCACGGCUGCGGAUGUCGAGCAGUUCGAGGCCAACCGUCAGCGCAAACUGUGGGAGAAGCAACAGGCUCAGCAGCAGGUCUCGUCCCCAUCGGCCACCAGCUCUCAAAAUGUCAAAGAAAAGAAGUCAAAGAAUGGCGUAAACCUGUCUGCGAAUGGCAAGAGCAAGAAGGACCGGAUCAUGGGGACGGGUAACUAG